AUGUCGUUCUUGGGGACACUCAACUCAAAUCCUGCUCGCUCCCAGUCGGUGGUCAGCCAUAAUACCCCGCAGCUCCAAAGCGAGCAUGAACUCGACACGAUCCACGAUCCAGAGAAAAACGACGAUGAAGACACUUUGCAGGAGGAUGAAGAAAGUAGGGAGGCACUGGUUGGCCAGCUAGCACGACAACUCACCCGACAAUCUACUCGAUUCUCAGUCAGCGGUACAUUGGACAAUCCGUUCACUAAUGUAGACGCCGAAUCUUCACUCAAUCCCGGUAGCCCCAACUUCAAAGUGCGGGACUGGAUGAAGAUGUUGCUGGCUAUCCGGUCUCGCAACCCCGACAAGUACCCGGAUCGCACAGCUGGUAUUUCGUUCAAGAAUUUGAACGUCCAUGGAUUUGGUUCUCCCACAGAUUACCAGAAAGACGUUCUAAACUCCAUGCUGGAGAUUGGCACUAUGGUCCGCCGAUUGACCGGCAUGAAACUCCAGAAAAUUCAGAUUCUUCGUGACUUCGAUGGUCUUGUCAAAAGUGGAGAAACAUUGAUCGUCUUGGGAAAGCCCGGCAGUGGUUGUUCGACUUUACUCAAAACUAUUGCUGGUGAAAUGAAUGGCAUUGAGAUGUCGGAGGAUUCGGUUCUCAACUAUCAGGGUAUCUCUGCAAAGGACAUGCAAAAUGCCUUCAAGGGCGAGGCAAUCUACGCAGCAGAGACUGAUGUUCACUUCCCCCAACUCUCCGUCGGCGAUACCCUUAUGUUCGCGGCGAUGGCUAGAGCCCCCCGAAACCGACUCGAGGGAGUCUCGCACGAGCAAUACGCCCAACAUAUGAGAGAUGUGGUCAUGGCUAUGCUUGGCCUUUCCCAUACGGUCAACACUCAAGUUGGAAAUGACUUCAUUCGCGGAGUGAGUGGAGGCGAGAGGAAACGUGUUAGUAUUGCCGAAGCCACUCUUAGUCAGAGUCCUUUGCAGUGCUGGGACAACAGCACGAGAGGCCUGGAUAGCGCCAACGCACUGGAAUUUUGCAAAAAUCUGGCUCUCAUGAGCAAAUACUCCGGAACAACAGCUUGUGUUGCUAUCUACCAAGCGUCACAGAGUGCUUAUGAUGUGUUUGAUAAGGUGACUGUGCUUUACGAAGGAAGGCAAAUCUUCUUCGGGCCAACCACCGAGGCCAGAAAAUACUUUGAAGAUAUAGGCUACGAGUGCCCAGAGCGUCAAACCACCGCAGAUUUCUUAACGUCGAUCACCAGCCCUUCGGAACGUGUGGUUCGGAGAGGGUUUGAAGGCCGUGCUCCUAUCACCCCUGAUGACUUCGCGGCAGUCUGGAAGAGAAGCGCCGCCCGUGCUAAGCUGGUUGCCCAAAUCGAAGAGUACGAGAACAACUACCCUAUCAAAGGUAGCUCCUACGAUGCAUUUGUGGAUGCGCGUAGGGCUAUUCAGGCCAAGAACCAGAGGGUUAAAUCGCCAUAUACUAUCUCGGUAUGGAAACAGAUUUCCCUCUGUGUUACCCGUGGCUUCCAGCGCCUUCGUGGAGAUUACAGUUUGACAGCUAGCGCUUUGAUUGGAAACUUCAUUAUGGCUUUGAUCAUUGGUUCAGUCUUUGUGAACCUUCCUAAGGAUACCUCUAGCUUCUACUCCCGGGGUGCUCUUCUGUUCUUUGCCGUCCUCCUGAAUGCCUUUUCCAGUGCACUGGAAAUCUUGACCCUCUACGCCCAACGACCAAUUGUGGAAAAGCAAGCCCGUUACGCCUUCUAUCACCCAUUCGCAGAGGCAAUUGCAUCCAUGCUGUGCGAUUCGCCAUACAAAAUCCUCAACUCAUUUACCUUUAACAUACCGUUGUACUUCAUGACUGACCUACGUCGCGAGGGUGGGGCGUUCUUUACCUUUUGGCUAUUCUCUGUCAUCACCACGUUCACAAUGUCAAUGAUCUUCAGAACCAUUGCGGCGUCUUCCCGAUCUCUCUCACAGGCCUUGGUUCCGGCCGCCAUUUUGAUCUUGGGUAUGGUGAUCUAUACUGGGUUCGUUAUUCCCACUCGCAAUAUGCUCGGGUGGUCUCGCUGGAUGAACUACAUCAACCCCGUUGCCUAUGCGUUUGAAAGCUUUAUGGUCAAUGAAUUCCAUGAUCGUCAUUUCCCAUGUGCUGCUAUUGUUCCAGCUGGCGGUCCAUACGACAGUGUUUCAAUGGAGCAUCGUAUCUGCUCGACUGUCGGUGCUCAGUCAGGCUCUACCAACGUGUCUGGUUCACUGUACCUCGAACAGAGUUUUGCAUAUCUUAAGGGACAUUUGUGGAGGAACUUUGGAAUUCUCAUUGCCUUCAUGUUAUUCUUUAUGUUCACCUAUCUUCUUGGCACUGAGUAUAUUUCCGAGAAAAAGUCCAAGGGCGAGGUGCUUCUAUUCCGCCGUGGUCAUCAGCCAACACAUACCUCCGGAGAGGGUGAUUUGGAGAAAUCUUCCCAGCCCUCUGCCGUCGCCAAGACAGACGAGUCUCCUCCCCAAGCCUCCGCCAUUCAGCGACAAACUGCGAUUUUCCAAUGGGAGGAUGUGUGCUAUGACAUCAAAAUCAAAGGAGAACCCAGACGGAUUUUGGACAAUGUUAACGGCUGGGUCAAACCUGGUACAUGUACCGCAUUGAUGGGUGUCUCUGGAGCUGGAAAAACGACCUUGCUUGACGUGCUCGCAACGAGAGUCACUAUGGGUGUUGUCACCGGUGAAAUGCUCGUUGACGGAACCCCCACAGAUCAGUCCUUCCAGCGAAAGACUGGAUAUGUCCAACAGCAGGACUUGCACUUGUCUACAUCGACAGUUCGGGAAGCCCUCGUGUUUAGUGCUCUGCUCCGUCAACCCGCAACUGUCAGUCGGCAAGAGAAGAUAGAAUAUGCCGACGAGGUUAUUAAGCUUCUGGGUAUGGAGGCGUACGCUGAUGCCGUUGUUGGUGUUCCCGGCGAGGGAUUGAACGUUGAACAGCGUAAGAGAUUGACGAUCGGCGUGGAACUUGCUGCGAAGCCUCAACUCCUACUCUUCCUUGAUGAGCCUACCAGUGGCCUGGACUCUCAGACUUCUUGGUCCAUUCUCGACCUCAUCGACACACUCACUAAGCACGGACAAGCCAUUCUCUGCACCAUCCACCAACCUUCCGCGAUGCUGUUCCAGAGAUUCGACCGCCUUCUCUUCUUGGCUAAGGGAGGUAGAACAAUCUACUUUGGUGAUAUUGGCGAAAACUCAUCUACUCUAUCGAACUAUUUCGAACGCAACGGCGCCCACCACCUGACCCCCGGAGAAAAUCCCGCUGAAUGGAUGUUGGACGUUAUUGGUGCAGCCCCCGGUACACACAGCGAGAUUGAGUGGCCAAAGGUAUGGCGCGAGAGUCCCGAAUUUAGGCAGGUCAAGGAGCACCUCUCUGAGCUGAAGUCGACCCUGUCUUCAAAGGCAGAGGUUGAUACUUCGCCUAACGCAUUCCGUGAAUUUGCCGCGCCUUUCUACAUCCAACUAUGGGAGUGUCUUAUUCGUGUCUUUGCGCAGUAUUACCGCACCCCGACAUAUAUCUGGUCUAAAGCUGCCCUUUGCAUCUUCACCGCACUCUACAUUGGAUUCUCAUUUUUCCACGCUCAGAAUUCUAUUCAAGGCCUCCAGAACCAGAUGUUCAGUGUUUUCAUGUUGAUGACAAUUUUCGGAAAUCUGGUACAGCAGAUCAUGCCAAACUUUGUUACCCAACGCUCUCUUUACGAGGUGCGAGAGCGUCCAUCCAAGACAUACAGUUGGAAGGCGUUUAUGAUCUCGAAUAUUCUGGUGGAAUUGCCCUGGAAUACACUGAUGUCUGUGUUCAUCUUUUUGUGCUGGUAUUAUCCAAUUGGGCUGUACAAAAAUGCAGAGCCCACCGACGCAGUGAGCGAGCGAGGCGCCUUGAUGUUCCUGUUGAUCUGGACAUUCUUGUUAUUCACCUCGACCUUCGCACACUUGGUGAUUGCAGGAAUUGAGCUGGCUGAGACUGGUGGAAAUAUCGCGACUUUGUUGUUCUCCCUCUGCUUGAUCUUCUGUGGUGUUCUCUCAACCAAGGAGGCCUUGCCUGGCUUUUGGAUCUUCAUGUACCGCGUGUCGCCGUUUACCUACUUGGUCUCGGCAAUGCUCUCAACGGGUGUUUCGGGUGCUGAUGCAGUCUGCGAGGCAGUCGAAUAUUUGAAGUUCAGCCCCCCUGCCAACCAAACUUGCGGAGACUACAUGGGCCCUUACAUCAAAAUGGCCGGGACUGGGUAUCUACAAGAUCCCACGUCUACCGCAGAGUGCGCGUUCUGCUCGGUCAGCAAAACGAAUUCGUUCCUCAUCCGAAUUUCCAGUGAUUUUGCUGACGCCUGGCGCAAUUUUGGUCUGAUGUGGGUGUACAUUCUUGCCAACAUUGCCGGUGCGCUGUUUAUCUACUGGCUUGCCCGCGUGCCAAAGGGGAAGAGGACCAAAGCCAGUGCCUAA